CCCGCAGUGGGUGUGCGCAGCAGCAGCCAGAGUCAAUUGGAAAAGCUUCAGGUUUGAGGGCAAGCUACCCAGCAACACAUCCCAUCCUCCUCCAAGAAUACCAGCGUCGCAGGCCGGGAGCCACUCACCUUCACACCUCUCCUCACCCACCAUUACUCCGACACAAAUCAACCAAAAAUGGUCUCUAGACUCGUCUUCUGGACCGGCUUCGGCCUGGCGACGCGCUUCUGGCAGCUCGGCAUCGAGAUGCGCCCAUUUUUCCACAGAAAGACGCUCUGGGCCUAUCCCGUCUUCGGCGCCGUCGGUGCGAGCUUUGGAUACUGGCUGGAGGGUGUGGAUCAGAGACAGACACAGCUCCUGGAAGAGCGCAAGAACGCCAUUCUGGAGAAGAGAGCGAGGAGGGCAGAGAGGGAGGCUGCGGCUGCUGCUGCCAGCCCUUCGGUUAUCCAGGCUUAAAAAGGAAGGAUAGGAGGGGGUGAUAGGAGUUUGAACAGACAGGCAGUAUGAUAGAGGCAGG